AUGGGCUCACCACACCUCAACUCGUCAACUCUUCCACCAACAACAACACCAGUACCAACUACCCACGAAACAACCACCCUGGCAACAACCACCCUGGCACUAACUACCCAGACAUCAACCACCCAGGCUUCAACUACCGUGGCAACAAAUACCCAGGUGCCAACUACCCAGGGCCCAACUACCCAGGCAACAACUCCCCCGGCGCCCACUAUCCAGGCGCCAAACACCCAGGACCCAACUACCCAGGCACCAACUAUCCAGGGUCCAACUACCCUGGCGCCAACUACCCAGACGCCAAACACCAAGGACCCAACUACGCAGGGCCCAACUAUCCAGGCAAAAACUACCCAGGGCCCAACUACCCAGGCAACAAAUACCCAGGCGCCAUAUACCCAGGCACCAACUUUCCAGGCGCCAAACACCCAGGACCCAACUACCCAGGCACCAACUAUCCAGGGCCCAAUUACCCUGGCGCCAACUACCCAGACGCCAAAUACCAAGGACCCAACUACGCAGGGCCCAACUACCCAGGCAAAAACUACCCAGGGCCCAACUACCCAGGCAACAACUACCCAGAGCCCACCUACCCAGGCAACAACUACCCACGGCCCAAUUACCCAGGCAACAAUUACCCAGGGCCCAGCUACCCAGGCAACAACUACCCAGGGCCCAACUACCCAGGCCACAACUACCCAGGGCCCAGCUACCCAAGCAACAGCUACCCAGGAAACAACUACCCAGGAAACAACUACCCAGGAAACAACUACCCAGGAAACAACUACCCAGGUGCCAACUACCCAGGGCCCAACUACCCAGGCAACAACUACCCAGGGCCCAGCUACCCAGGCAACAACUACCCAGGACCCAACUACCCAGGCAACAACUACCCAGGCAACAACUACCCAGGCAACAACUAUCCAGGCAACAACUACCCAGGGCCCAACUACCCAGGCAACAAAUACCCAGGGCCCAAAUACCCAGGCAACAACUACCCAGAGCCCAGCUACCCAAGCAACAACUACCCAGGACCCAACUACCCAGGCGCCAACUACCCAGGCAACAACUACCCAGGGCCCAGCUACCCAGGCAACAACUACCCAGAGCCCAGCUAACCAGGCAACAACUACCCAGGGCCCAACUACCCAGGCAACAACUACCCAGGGCCCAGCUUCCCAGGCAACAACUACCCAGGGCUCAGCUUCCCAGGCAACAACUACCCAGGCACCAACUACCCAGGACCGAACUACUCAGGGCCCCACUACCCAGGAAACAACUACCCAGGCAACAACUACCCAGGCAACAAUUACCCAGGCAACAACUACCCAGGACCCAACUAACCAGGCAACAACUACCCAGGCGCCAACUACCCAGGCAACAACUGCCCAGGCAACAACUACCCAGGCAACAACUACCCAGGACCCACCUACCCAGGCAACAACUACCCAGGACCCAACUACCCAGGCAGCAACUACCCUGGCAAAAUCCACCCAGGCAACAACUACCCGGGCGCCAAUUACCCAGGCAACAACUACCCAGGGCCCAACUACCCAGGCCACAACUGCACAGGACCCAACUACCCAGGCAACAACUACCCAGGCAACAACAACACAGGCAACAACUACCCAGGCAACAACUACCCAUGGCCCAAGUACCCAGGGCCAAACUACCCAAGCAACAACUACCCAGGACCCAACUACCCAGGCAACAACUACCCAGGCAACAACUACCCAGGCAACAACUACGCAGGACCCAACUACCCAGGCAACAACUACCCAGGCAACAACUGCCAUGGCAACAACUACCAAGGACCCAACAACCCAGGCAACAACUACCCAGGCAACAAUUACCCAGGCAACAACUACCCAGGCAACAACUACCCAGGCAACAACUACCCACGCAACAACUACCCACGCACCAACUACCCGGGCACCAACUACCCAGGCAACAACUACCCAGGCAACAACUAUCCAGGCAACAAGUACCCAGGCCCCAGCUACCGAGGCAACAACUACCCAGACAACAACUACCCAGGUCCCAGCUACCCAGGCAACAACUACCCAGGCAACAACUACCCAGGGCCCAACUACCCAAGCUGCAAAUACCCAGGCAACAACUGCCCAGGCAACAACUACCCAGGCAACAACUACCCAGGCAACAACUGCCCAGGACCCAACUACCCAAGAAGCAAAUACCCAGGCCACAACUACCCAGGCAACCACUACCCAGGGCCCAACUACCCAGGCAGCAACUGCCCAGGCAACAGCUACCCAGGCGCCAACUACCCAGGGAACAACUACCCAGGUCCCAACUUCCCAGGCAACAACUGCCCAGGCACCAACUACCAAGGCAACAACUACCCAAGCAGCAAAUACCCAGGCAACAGCCACCCAGGCAACAACUACCCAGGCAACACCUACCCAGGCAACAACUACCCAGGCAACAACUAUCCAGGAAACAACUACCCAGGGAACAACUACCCAGGCAACAACUAGCCAGGCAACUACUAUCCAGGCAGCAACUACCCAGGCAACAACUACCCAGGCGCCAACUACCCAGGCAACAACUGCCCAGGACCCAACUACCCAGGCAACAACUACCCAGGACCCAACUACCCAGGCAACAACUACCCAGGCAACAAAUACCCAGGCAACAACUACCCAGGACCCAACUACCCAGGCAGCAACUUCCCUGGCAACAUCCACCCAGGCAACAACUACCCCGACGCCAAUUACCCAGGCAACAACUACCCAGGGCCCAAGUACCCAGGCCACAGCUGCACAGGAACCAACUACCCAGGCAACAACUACCCAGGCAACAACUACCCAGUCAACAACUACCCAGGCAACAUCUACCCAGGGGCCAACUACCCAGGCAACAACUACCCAGGCAACAACUACCCAGGCAACAACUACCCAGGCAACAACUACCCAGACAACAACUAUCCAGGCAGCAACUACCCAGGCAACAACUACCCAGGCAACAACUACCCAGGCAACAACUGCCCAGGACCCAACUAAACAGGCAACAACUACCCAGGCAACAACUGCCCAGGACCCAACUACCCAAGCAGCAAAUACCCAGGCAACAACUACCCAGGCAACAACUACCCAGGCAACAACUACCCAAGCAGCAAAUACCCAGGCAACAACAACCCAGGCAACAACUGCCCAGGACCCAACUACCCAAGCAGCAAAUACUCAGGCAACAACUACCCAGGCAACAACUACCCAGGCAGCAACUAUCCAGGCAACAACUACCCAGGCAACAACUACCCAGGUGCCAACUUCCCAGGACCCCACUACCCAGGACCCAACUACCCAAGCAGCAACUACCCAGGCAACUACUACCCAGGCAACAACUGCCCAGGAUCCAACUAACCAGGCAACAACUACCCAGGCAACAACUGCCCAGGACCCAACUAACCAGGCAACAACUACCCAGGCAACAGCUACCCUGGCAACAACUACCCAGGGCCCAGCUACCCAGGCAACAACUACCCAGACAACAGCUACCCAGGUCCCAGCUACCCAGCCAACUACUACCCAGGCGCCAACUACCCAGGCAACAACUACCCAGGGCCCAACUACCCAGGCAACAACUGCCCUGGACCCAACUACCCAAGCAGUAAAUACUCAGGCAACAACUACCCAGGCAACAGCUACCCAGGCAACAACUACCCAGGCAACAACUACCCAAGCAGCAAAUACCCAGGCAACAACUAGCCAGGCAACAACUGCCCAGGACCCAACUACCCAAGCAGCAAAUACCCAGGCAACAACUACCCAGGCAGCAACUACCCAGGCAACAACUAUCCAGGCAACAACUACCCAGGCACCAACUACCCAGGCGCCAACUACCCAGGACCCAACUACCCAAACAGCAACUACCCAGGCAACAACUACCCAGGCAACAACUGCCCAGGACCCAACUAACCAGGCAACAACUACCCAGGCAACAGCUACCCAGGCAACAACUACCCAGGACCCAACUAACCAGGCAACAACUACCCAGGCAACAGCUACCCUGGCAACAACUACCCAGGGCCCAGCUACACAGGCAACAUCUACCCAGGCAACAGCUACCCAGGCAACAACUACCCAGGCAACAUCCACCCAGGCAACAUCCACCCAGGCAACAACUACCCAGGGAACAACUGCCCAGGACCCAACUAAACAGGCAACAACUACCCAGGCAACAACUGCCCAGGACCCAACUACCCAAGCAGCAAGUACCCAGGCAACAACUACCCAGGCAACAACUACCCAAGCAGCAAAUACCCAGGCAACAACUACCCAGGCAACAACUGCCCAGGACCCAACUACCCAAGCAGCAAAUACUCAGGCAACAACUACCCAGGCAACAACUACCCAGGCAGCAACUAUCCAGGCAACAACUACCCAGGCAACAACUACCCAGGUGCCAACUUCCCAGGACCCCACUACCCAGGACCCAACUACCCAGGACCCAACUACCCAAGCAGCAACUACCCAGGCAACAACUACCCAGGCAACAACUGCCCAGGAUCCAACUAACCAGGCAACAACUACCCAGGCAACAACUGCCCAGGACCCAACUAACCAGGCAACAACUACCCAGGCAACAGCUACCCUGGCAACAACUACCCAGGGCCCAGCUACCCAGGCAACAACUACCCAGACAACAGCUACCCAGGUCCCAGCUACCCAGGCAACAACUACCCAGGCGCCAACGACCCAGGCAACAACUACCCAGGGCCCAACUACCCAGGCAACAACUGCCCAGGACCCAACUACCCAAGCAGCUAAUACCCAGGCAACAACUACCCAGGCAACAACUACCCAGGCAAUAACUAUCCAGGCAACAACUACCCAGGCACCAACUACCCAGGCGCCAACUACCCAGGACCCAACUACCCAAACAGCAACUACCCAGGCAACAACUACCCAGGCAACAAAUGCCCAGGACCCAACUAACCAGGCAACAACUACCCAGGCAACAACUGCCCAGGACCCAACUAACCAGGCAACAACUACCCAGGCAACAACUGCCCAGGACCCAACUAACCAGGCAACAACUACCCAGGCAACAGCUACCCUGGCAACAACUACCCAGGGCCCAGCUACACAGGCAACAUCUACCCAGGCAACAGCUACCCAGGCAACAACUACCCAGGCAACAUCCACCCAGGCAACAUCCACCCAGGCAACAACUACCCAGGCGCCAACUACCCAGGCAACACCUACCCAGGGCCCAACUACCCAGACAACAACUGCCCAGGACCCAACUACCCAGGCAACAACUACCCAGGCAACAACUACCCAGGCAACAACUACCCUUGCAACAACUACCCAGGGCCCAGCUACCCAGGCAACAACUACCCAGACAACAUCCACCCAGGCAACAACUACCCAGGCAACAACUACCCAGGCAACAACUACCCAGGCACCAACUAUCCAGAGCCCAGCUACUCUGGCACCAAAUACCCAGGCGCCAACUACCCAGGCAAAAACCUCCCUGGUUUCAACUUCCCUGGCUUCAACUACCCUGGCUUCAAAUACCCAGGCAACAACCACCCUGGAAUCAGCUACCGUGGCACAGACAAACUUAGAACAGAAUACCAAAACUACAAAUGUAUCCGACAGUGAAGGUGCUGCAACUCCUUCAGGAAUCUCCAACCAGGUGCCAAACACUAAGCCAUUGCCAAAUCCAGCUGGUGUAGCUACGCAAUCAACACAAGAUGCUAGUGGUACCACAGCACCAGCCAUGCCAUCGUCUAUUGAUGUGGAAACAAAAAACUCAACAGGUGCAAUCAACGGCACUGAAUUUGCCAGCGGGCUGGGAGCUAGUGUGAGACAUGGCCUGAGUCUUGGCGUUAUCGUCGUUCUGCUUGUUGUGGUCAUCGCCAUGCUCCUAGCGGUGGCUGGAUUUGUUUACUUGCGCACGGUGCCAACUCGGGGAGAAAACGCCAGCAAAGUACCAGAAAAUGUCAAGAAAAAUGUUUGCUGGAUCUCAUCAGAGAACACGUCAGAAUUAGUGCGGCGAGAAAGUAAAUCUGGAUCUAGCGGCUUAGCUUACGAUUCCUUCCAGGAAAAUGGUAUUACUUUAAAUCUCCAGCAAGGUACCGGCCACCAGGCGCUUGCUUCCGCUUUUGCAGAAUACGACACCGUCAUGCAAUAUGACUAUCCGCGAACUGAAAUGAUGGAGGACGCGUGUCGCUCUGCCGCAAACCCCGAAGGCUCCUUGAGCAGUAACUGUUGGAGUGCUGAUGGAGGUGGUGUUGGGGAACAGGCUGCUGAAUCACACGUAAUUGCCGACAACUCGGCUAGCGAAGCACCCGCUUACAAUGUGCCAGUCUGGAUUGCACAAGGUACAGAAGAAGAUGAAAUGACCAGCUCAACUGACAAGACUGGCGCAGCAAUGCAGAGCGGCUUUGUUGGCGCCUCUGUAUUGGACACGACAGUACAGCGCCAGCAAGCAGUCUGCCAACAACAGCCUACUGCCGACAACUCGGCUAGCAAGGCACCCGCUUACAAUGUCACAGUGCCAAUCUGGAUUGCACAAGGUGCAGAAGAAAGCGCAAUGACCAGCUCAACUGACAAGACUGGCGCAGCAAUGGAGAGCGACUUUGUUGGCGCCUCUGUAUUGGACACGACAGUACAGCGCCAGCAAGCAGUCUGCCAACAACAGCCUACUGCCGACAACUCGGCUAGCAAAGCACCCGCUUGCAAUGUCACAGUGCCAAUCUGGAUUGCACAAGGUGCAGAAGAAAACGAAAUGACCAGCUCAACUGACAAGACUAGCGCAGCAAUGCAGAGCGACUUUGUUGGCGCCUCUGUAUUGGACACGACAGUACAGCGCCGGCAAGCAGUCCGCCAACAACAGCCUACUGCCGACAACUCGGCUAGCAAGGCACCCGUUUACAGUACGCCAGUCUGGACUGGACAAGGUGUAGAAGAAAACGAAAUGACCAGCUCAACUGACAAGACUGGCGCAGCAAUGCAGAGCGACUUUGUUGGCGCCUCUGUAUUGGACACGACAGUACAGCGCCAGCAAGCAGUCCGCCAACAACAGCCUACUGCCGACAACUCGGCUAGCAAAGCACCCGUUUACAGUACGCCAGUGUGGACUGGACAAGGUGUAGAAGAAAACGAAAUGACCAGCUCAACUGAAGCAAUGCAGAGCGACUUUGUUGGCGCCUCUGUAUUGGACACGACAGUACAGCGCCAGCAAGCAGUCCGCCAACAACAGCCUUCUGCCUUCGGUGACAAGCAACAGCUGCAGGAUCAAAAUUCUGUUCCAAAUGAAGCAAAUAACCAGCAACAGGCCAAUCUCUCACCACAACAACAACUACAACUACAACUGAAUGAAGAAUUGAAAAGUAGACUUGAGCAAGGAAAUUCAACUGGAACUAUGGCUUUGUGACAAUGUUAGCAUAGGGCCAACUGUCUUGGCCAUGUUGGUGUGCUCAAAAUGAUGUCUCUGCUUUACUGCUGUUUGUUCUCUUCGCCUCUGUGUCUUGCAUCAAGAGUUAGCGUAUGCAUGCUUCUAGGUGUCUGACUCAUGAGUGUUAUGUUGCUGAUGCUUAGCACCUGUAUGCUACAGUACUUUCUAUGUGCGUAUCCUUCUGCUGCUGGUUCUACAAAUGACGUCUUAUCAUAAUUGUCAGUACAAGUUACUUGCUGCUGUGUCCAACUGUUUAUGCAUGAUUCCUGUGACCUCGUGUAGGAGCAUGUGGACUUGAGCUAGUUCCAGGGAAAUGCAAAUGACCUGGGCUCAAGGUAGUAGUUGGCCAGUUCUUUUCUUUCUUCUCCAGACUCUGUCUCUCGGUUACUGCAACG